AUGGUCGGCAAGGACUGUGUCGCAAUAGCCUGCGAUCUCCGUCUCGGCCUCCAAGCCCUCACCGUCUCCAACAACUUCCCCAAAAUCUUCCAGUACGGCGACGUCUUCCUCGGUCUCACCGGCCUCGCCACCGACGUCACGACCGUCGGCGACCUCUUCCGCUACAAGGUCAACAUGUACCGCCUCCGCGAGGAGCGCAACAUCGCCCCGACCACCUUCGCCAACCUCGUCAGCUCCUCCCUCUACGAGCGCCGCUUCGGCCCGUACUUCGUCUCCCCCGUCGUCGCCGGCCUUGACCCCAAGACGGGCAAGCCCUUCAUCUGCGGUUUCGACAGCAUCGGCUGCAUCGACUUCGCCAAGGACUUCAUCGUCUCUGGUACGGCGUCUGAACAGCUGUUCGGCAUGUGCGAGAGCUUAUGGGAGCCGGAUCUGGUACGUGGCAUAUGGCGAAUCAACGAUCCAGGAAUUCUAGCAGAAACUAACGUGGACGUCACACAGGGCCCUGAUGAGCUCUUCGAAACCAUCUCCCAGUCGCUUCUGAACGCCGUUGACCGAGAUGCACUAUCCGGAUGGGGAGCGCACGUGUACAUUAUUGAGAAGGACAAGGUCACCAAGAGACUGCUCAAGGGCAGACAAGACUAA